UAUAGAUCCAGGGUCAUUAUCAGCUCAGUGCUAGUAUACAAUUGUUAUAAAUAAAUAUAUAAUAAAGUACACCAAUGGUCAGAGUCCAAAUAUUCAGUUAAAGUUUUAUAAGCUUCAAGGGAGCUCUUGCCAAGGGGUCAUCUUUAUCACUCUCAUAACUUGGUCCAAGAUGACUUCAUCAGAUCCUAAGAAGUUUUCCUUUGAGGAGGUGGCCCAGCAUAACCAUAAGAAAGAUUGCUGGAUUAUAAUUUCUGGGAAGGCCUAUGAUGUCACUCCAUUUUUGGAAGAACAUCCUGGUGGCGAUGAAGUCUUGCAACUAGCAACAGAGAAGGAUGCAACCGAUGAUUUCGAAGAUAUAGGCCACAGUGACAAUGCAAAGGAACUGAUGGAAAAGUACUACGUGGGAGAGGUUGACAUUUCCACUCUGCCAAAGAAGCCAAACUACAAGCCACCACAACCAGUUCAUCAUCACUCCGACCAGUCUUCUGGGAUUGCAGUCAAGAUAUUGCAGUUUUCGUUGCCUUUGUUGAUCUUGGCCAUUGCUUUUGCUCUGCAAUUCUAUAGUAAAAAGAAAUAGUUCAAAGUGUUCAUCUGAGCUUAUAAAUUGCUCAGUGAUAAUUAAUAAUGGAAGUCUAGUUGGUCCAUUGUUGUGUUGAAAUGUUUUUGUACUAUUAAUCCUAUAUGUGAACUCAAAAUAAUCCAAUCCAAUAUACUCGUUUCCUUGUUAUGUGCC